AUGAAGGAGGUGGCUCUUGUGCUCGUGUUGAUUACAGGCUGUCUUGCUUCGGUCAUUGAGUUUGUUUCGCUGCCGAAGUCAUGUAGUUUACCAUCACCUACCUCAGCAUCAGAACUUCGCACUAGUCAGCUAGCUCUUCUCAAUGCAAAUCUCCUGGGUCUUACAGCGGAGCCAAUACCAGGUUUCAAGGUCAAAUCCGAUUUGUUCUCUCGUCCUCGAGCCAUCUCUGUCAUUCGGAUUGAUGGAAUCGAUAGUUUAAAUGAUAGAGAUCGUAAUUCUUACCAUGUUGAAAUCUCAAGUUAUGAAGGGAUAAGUGGAUCCUCUAUUGCCCAAGAUGCGCUUGGGCGGAAGGUAGACAACAAAAUUAAGACAAAGAUCCCAGUACUUUAUAAGGAACUUGAGCAUCUUUACCAAUUACUUUCUGCUGUCACUGCACAGAAAACUAAAUUUGAAAAAUCUAAUACUGCUGAUGCGUAUCAUGUGACUAUCACUGGACUGGCU